CAGACUGUAUGCUUGCUAACUAAGCGGAUGAAUUCCUAUUAUGUCUAUCGUUAUAAUACAAGCAACUCUCUUCACUUAUUCCCUCCAAACAAUCCAAUUCGAUUGAUUACGAUGCGAAUCACUUCGAAUCAAUUUUUUGAUCUUUUUAUAUUUAUAGCUAUUUUCAUUAAUUGUGUUUUGAUGGCCUUUCCUAAUGGCAUCGAUCCUUCGAUAGAGAUUACUUUCAAUACCAUUUAUACGGUUGAAAUGCUAUUAAAAAUCAUGGCAAGAGGUUUUAUUUUUCACACCUAUGCUUACUUGCGUGAUCCAUGGAAUUGGCUUGAUUUUAUCGUAGUUAUUGUUGGCUAUCUUACCAUGAUUCCGGCAUUAAGUGUCUUACCAGGUGCAUCGGUUAUUCGAGUUUUACGAGCGCUAAGAAUGAUUACAGCAUUAGAAGGCUUAAAAGCAAUCGUUAAUGCUCUAUUUAAGUCGUUUAGAAUGCUGGCUGACGUCUUUUGUUUAGCGCUUUUUAUAUUAAUUAUUUUUGCACUAAUUGGUGUUCAACUAUUUAUGGGUAUUUUAACGCAAAAGUGCUGUAGACCGUUUAAUUCGACUGGAGAUAUUGUAGGACCAUUUACAACGACUAAGUUUAAAAAUUACGUAAACGUUUCUUCCAACUGGUAUUUUGAAAAUGGCGACCCAGUCAUAUGUGGAAACGAAUCUUCAGCGAGGCAUUGCCCAGCUGAUUAUCUUUGUUACCAAUAUGCUUAUCCCAAUCCUAACGAUGGUUUCACUAGUUUCGAUAAUUUUCCAGUUUCUCUAUUAGUAUCAUUUCAACUUAUUACUCUUGAUAAUUGGGAAGAUAUUUACAACAAGGUUAAUGAUGCCAUUGACUCUUGGUGCAUAAUUUAUUUUAUACCAGUGGUUUUGUUGGGCGCAUUCUAUGUGAUGAAUCUAGUUAUUGCCAUUGUAGCUAUGGCCUACAACAAGGAAGAUAAAAUACUGCAAGAUCAGGUAGGCGCAGGUGUACUUUUAAAUGCUAACAGAAGAAAUGGAUAUAAUGAAGAGAAUUUCAAGAAGCUAGGAAAGAAUAUUGGCAAGCCAGAACAAAUACCUAAAGGCAACCAUAUCGACCAGGGUAGUCUUAAGAAGAAAGAAGGAAAAAUCAAUAUUAUAUCGCUGAAAAUUUCGGCCGCUAUAGAUGAUCCAGCAAAGAUGCAACCACAUGAAGGCAAUUCUAGUUCCACAAAAAUUGAAAAUACUGCUCUAGAUAAUCCUAUAAAUGAAAAUAGAAAGACCUCCAGAUCUGCAAGAUAUUCAGCUCUUUCUCGUAGCGACGGAGAAAUCGAUAGAAUAAAGCCAAAUGUUGUUUCAGUUAGCCAGUCGUCGGGAAGUGCAACUGUUACUACUGUUUCUAUUGUCCUUAAUGCUGAAACCACAUCGACUAAAUCAACAAUAUGGCGACAAAUUCGAGUUUUAGUGGGUCGCAUAGUAGACGAUUCUUUAUUUGAGUUGUUUAUUACCGGCUGUAUCAUCCUCAAUACAAUAUUGAUGUCGAUGUAUCAGCCAUUGGAGGAGUACAAUUCCAAAGUACCUGCCCAGAAUAUUGAUAAUUACGUUUUUACCUGCAUAUUUACGACAGAAAUGACUUUAAAAUUGAUUGCUUUUGGUUUCACUGGCUAUAUUCAAAGCAAGUGGAAUGUCUUUGAUGGAAUAGUUGUUAUCAUCAGUUUGGUUGAUUUAUUAUUGGAAUUUAUAUCGAUUUCAAGUAAUUCUUUAUCCGUUCUCAGAACACUGCGUUUGCUUCGUGUAUUCAAAUUAGCCCGUUCAUGGACGACCAUGCGCCGUCUGUUAUCCACCAUAGUGUCUGGUGCCAAAGCUCUAUUGUAUAUUUUAUUAAUCCUCAUUUUAACUAUUUAUGUCUUUGCUGUUUUGGGGAUGAAAAUUUUCCGAGAUGCGUAUCGAAAACAUUUCGAAAAUCUACCACGUUGGAAUUUUGAUGAUUUUAUUGAUUCAUUCAUGAUGAUUUUUCGAAUAUUAUGCGGUGAAUGGAUAGAGCCUCUAUAUGAUGCAAUCCAAGCAACAAAUAUUUCGUCUAUACUAUUUUUCCUUGCAGCAUACGUGGUUGGAAAGCUUUUGGUACUUCAUUUAUUCCUUGCGUUGUUGCUAAGCUCCUUUGAAAAUCAAUCAUUUCAAGAAGCUUAUUCUGUUAAUUCUGGAAGUCAAAAGAAUAAUGGCAACUUAUAUGACGCAUUGAGAUACCUCAUUGCUAAUAAUUCUGUCGGCAUGAAAGCAAUGUCCAAUAUAUCAUGUAAUGGAGGACUUCAAUAUUCCGAACGAAGUAUCUCUCAACCAAUUGAUUGUUUUCCGAAAGUUUGCAUGAAACGGAUACCAUACUGUAUCCAAGGUGAAACUUCCCUUUGCCAAGCGUGGAUGACAGUACGAAAUCAUGUUAAGAAUGUUGUUGAACAUCGCUUUUUUGAAGGCAUCAUCUUACUUCUUAUUGUUGCUAGCAGUAUCUCACUAACAUUCGAAGACAUACACCUGCAUAAAAAUCCUACCCUGAUACAGGUUUUAUAUGUUAGCAAUAUUUUCUUUGCUGCGGCUUUCUCCAUAGAAAUGAUAUUAAAGUUAAUUGGAAUUGGCGUACAUGGUUACAUUUGCAGUCCAUGGAAUAUUUUAGACGCUGCUAUAGUAGUUGUAUCAAUUAUAACUCUGGUAUUGGAGAACGUCUCAGCAUUUCGAUCUUUACGCGUCCUUCGAGCUUUACGCCCUUUGAGAGCUAUUUCACACUGGGAAGGAAUGCGCGCUGUCGUUAAUGCACUCUUUGGUUGCAUACCUCAUAUAACCAAUGUUAUUAUUGUUUGCGCUUUCUUUUGGUUGGUAUUUUGCGUCGGUGGAGUUAAUUUCUUUGGUGGUAAAUUCUACAAGUGUUUAGAUUUGGAUAAUAAUUUAAUACCUGCCUCAAUUAUCAGCAAUAAAACCGAUUGUUUAGCGAAUAAUUAUAUAUGGAAAAAUUCUCAGAUUAAUUUUGAUAGCGUACCACAAGCCUUCCUAGCGCUAUUUGAAGUGGCUACUUUUGAAGGAUGGAUUCAAGUUAUGGGUGAUGCAGUCGAUGCUAGAGAGAUCGAUCAGCAGCCAAUUCCUCUAAAUAAUAAAAGCGCCUACAUCUAUUUCGUGGCCUUUAUUAUCAUUGGAUCUUUUUUCUCAUUAAACCUAAUUGUCAGUGUUAUCAUUGAUUGCUUUUAUGCUCUCAAGCAAAAGAGUGAAAGCGGUUCUCUUGGUAUUCCUACUGAUUUAUUUAUGACGGAAUCGCAAAAGCGAUGGUAUAAUGUAAUGAAAACUAUGUCUAAAUCUAAACCAGUGAGGCGGAUACCACUUCCUAAGGUAAUUAUCAAUGUAGUUAAUUCACUUUCUACUUUUAAUUCAAUUGUUCAAAGCAAUAAAUUUGAACUGGCAAUUAUCCUUGUCAUCGUUGCUAAUACUGCAGCUAUGAUGGUAGUCCAUUUCGAUCAAUCUCAAGAAGUUACGAGAAUUUUAACACAUACUUUAAAUUAUAUUUUUACAGCCAUUUACGUCUUGGAAGCAAUUCUGAAAAUCAUUGCUAUGAGACAGCACUAUUUCAAAAAUUUGUGGAAUCUCUUUGAUUUCAUUAUUGUAUUGGUAGCUAUUAUAGGUAAGUUGUUUUUCAACGCCAGUAUCCCUAUCAAUCCAUCGAUGUUGAGGACGUUACGUUUAUUUCGAAUUGUGCGUAUUCUUCGAGUAUUGGAAUUUGCCAAAGGCAUUCGUAAGCUUUUAACGGCAUUCGCUAUGUCUAUGCCCGCACUUUUUAAUGUUGCUUUACUGGUCUUCUUGGUUAUGUUUAUUUAUGCAAUUGUGGGUAUGUCAUCAUUUGCUUAUGUCAAGCACCAGACAGCUAUAACUAAAAAUAUGAACUUUGAGACAUUUCCUAACGGUCUUUUGCUCUUAUUUCGGUUGAGCACGUCUGCCGGUUGGAAUGAUGUACUGCAUGAUUUAAUGGUCCAACCGCCUGAUUGUAAUAACUCAGCGACAGCAUUUUCAUGGAAUGGUGAUUGUGGAAAUCCCCCAGUGGCCAUCACCUUCUUAAUUACCUACAUCUUUAUUACGACAUUUGUCUUAAUUAAUAUGUAUGUGGCCAUUAUAUUAAAUAAUUAUCAAGAGGUCGAAGAAGAAGAAGAAGGAUCCGUCAUCACAGCCGAAGAUAUCAAUGUAUUUUAUGAGACUUGGGCCAAAUAUGAUCCUGAAGCUAGUCAAUUUAUCAGCUUUCGCUAUUUAUCACCCUUAGUCGCCGAAUUAAAGCCGCCACUUCGGAUUCCGCAGCCCAAUAAGUAUCCACUGAUUGCAUUGGAUCUAGCAUUAUACGAUAGUCGGCUUGUCCAUUGUUUAGACGUUUUAGAAGCAUUAGUUGAAAGAGUUAUUGGUCAACCCAAUGCUGAUGAAGCUGGCGAUGUUGUAGAAGAGAUUAAAAGGCAAAUUCAGAAAAAGUUUAGUGAAACUUUCCCUUCCUCAGGAAUUCCUAAGCAAUAUGAUAAAAGCAAGAGGUUAAAGCAGUUGGCAGUACAAGAAAUUAAAGCUGCUGUUAUAAUUCAAAGAGCGUAUCGACAUUAUCGAUUGCGUAAAGCGUGCAAGGAACAUUGUCAGCGAAUGCGCCGUCAAUCGGUGAUCCAUCUGUAA